AGAAGAAGAACUGGUGGGAAAUUUGACAGUGCGCGAAGUAGUUGUUCACAUCUGACCGACAUUUUUACCUAAACAAAGAUCAAAUGCAAAUUUUCUGCGGUUAAGGAGACAUGGACCGGCAUGUGCUGGUCAUAUCUUUCUGCCAAACCAAUGAAGAGUGUACGGAAGAGUUAAAAUGUAAGUGUUAGUGUAUCGCAGUUUUGAAGUUAGUCUGCUAACGUGGCUAACCCUGUUUUAGUAAAGAAAGGGUUACUCUGAGUGUUCAAAUACUUUCCACUUUUUCUCAGGCUUUUAUGCUUUUUAAGUGUGUCUACCAAUACAGUUUAUGUGUUACCGAAUUGCCAAUUCAUUCUUCGGGUCAGUUUUUUUCAAGAGUUUUUUUAGCCUCUCGUGUCACAGCCAUUUAUUGUAAACUAUCUUACAGAUAUAAUUAAUAAUGUAUAUUUGACAAACCAGUGUUUUAAAACGAAUAAUUGAUCAUUUGCUGUGUCUCAAGUUGCUUACUGACGGGGUUAGAUGGUGCAUUGCUAUUUUAGUAUGAAUUUAUCUGAUAAUGGUCUAACCAGUGCUUGUCCAGGAGGUGUUUUUUACGUCUGUGUAAAUAAAGUCUUUGUCUGGAUGUGAUCAAUCCUCUGUUUCUUACAGGUCUGGAGCCAGUGAAGCAGAUAUAUGGCAGACUUUUGGACAUCUCUGCUCAGGAAUCAGAUAGAGGAAUCUCCGUGUUUCCAGGUACACAAGAGCCGAGGUGUCUGAUUUUGACAUAGAAGAUUUUUAUUUCCUUAACUUUCCACAAACUUCUCUUACUCUGCAUGUUUUCACAGCAUGCUCUCUCAGUGGCAGUCCUGCAGCUCAGAGGUGGUACUUAGCUAUUCAGGCCUGCCAUGGAGCAACACAGGUGAGACAUUUGUUCAUAUCAUGCAAGUAUUGCUACAGACAAAGAUACCGGGCGAGUGACCUUACAUGUACCUAAAGCCUCACUUUGUGUCUCUUUCCAAACUUAACUCAAAGUGUGAGAAAAGUCUGUCAGAGUGACUAAUGAUUAAGAGAAAAGCCGAAACUGUUUUUGUACAAGCUUUCAGAGUCUGUUUUAAGUGUUCAAUACUUAAAACAUUUGAACCAAUAAGGACAUUAAAGAUCACACCUUAGUACACAUACUUACCUCAUGAAUCUUUGGAAAUUAAGUAAUUUAAUUGCAGUUACAAGUUAUUUUAUGUUAUUUUUUUUCUUUUUGGUCAGUCAUCUAUGUCUUGGGAAACCAACAAAUCAUAGGUGUCUUUCUGAGGUUGCUAAAGUCAUUAAAUACUGAUGAAGUAUAAGUGAAACAAACAUUAAAACACACAACUUUGUUGCAAUUUUUUUACAUUCCAUUUAUUUCAAUACCCCACCAUAAUUGUUUUUCAUUUUCCAUUAGGUUGAUGACAUUUUAAAUCCACUUGUGAUUGAUAUUUUGAGUUCUACUUAUCUGUUUAGAUUUUUCUAUUAAACCUCCUUCAGCUAAACAAAUAACACAACUAAUAGAUGAAUGCAUCCAGAGUUUUACUUUCUUGAGAGAGGAAAAGGGUCUUCUGUUCAUAUAUAACCUUUUAUACUUUUAUACUUUAUAUAUUUCUUGCAUGCUCUUAUUAGUUUUUAUUCUAGUAUUUUUAUAGUUUUUAUUCUAGUAUUUUAUAUUUCUCUCUGUUUAUUGUUGCACCAUCAUGCCAAAACAAAUUCCUAGUCUGUGAAUCCUGUUCAUCGACAAUGGCAAUAAAACCCCUUCUGAUUCUGGUUCCUGUUCUGAUUUUAACAAUUUAAUCAACUGUUCUGUAGUUUUGCAGCUUGGACUGGGAAGAGUUGGGGACAGUUCAACCCAAAACUGACAGCCAGGAGGAGAUACCCUCAGCCUUACAGUUAUGUUUUAGUUCUCUGAGGAACCAGGAUUCACCGGAUCAGCCAGCACUGACAGAGUGAGCAAUGUAUAUAGUUUUCUUAUAGGAUAGAGGAGGACUUUAUUUUUGAAAGGUGGGACCAUGUGAGCUUACAAGUUGAUAUUGUAAAAAGAAAAAAAAAUAUCAAUGUUCAAAGGGAGAAAUCCCCUCUGAUUAGUUAAUGCACAAACAUAAGUUUGUAACUCAUCCUUUGGUGACAGCUGCAUCAAUAGAUUGACCUUGAGACAUUGUGCUUGUUAAAAGGCUAGAAAGAAAGAGAGGAAAAAGGUGGUAGCUUAAGAUAAUGAUAAAAAAGCAUAGUUUCUGAGAAUCAAAGUCCCUCGUGUAACAAUUUACAUAGAGAAGCUUGAAGUCUGAUCUGUUUUGAUUGUAUUGUCUAUCUUGCACAGGCUGUUGGAGGAGGCUGCAGAGGGACUGCAUCUCUUGACAGACAAGCUGCCACCUCCAGGUAAGCUGAGAAGCAAUAGCUUAAUGGUGGAGUCAGUGAUCUCUCAAUUGUAGGGUUGGCAGUUUGUUUGGCACUUUGAAAGGCAUCCUCUGCCGUCAGUGUAUGAAUGUGGUCCAAAUGGAUAAAUGUGAAGUGGAAUAAAAAUACUUAAGGUGGCCAAAUGGAUUAAGUCCUUUUACCAUUUUAUGAACCACUCUCUUGAUGAAAAGAACCUUUCUCAGCAGCUUUGUGCCAUUUUCCCACUUUAAAAGUGUCAUUCAUAAAGAUUUUGACUCUGUGCCCUGUGAGUAUGUUUGUGUUUUGAAACCUCUCAUUUGAAUAAUUGAAAUCAUGAAUUGUGUCCAAUUAGUUCGAGGGCACAAUUAUCCCCUUUAUGAUGUUUUAUCCAAAAUGCCUUAGUGCAGUUUUUCUCAGAUGAUUUUGGGUGUUAUGAAUGUCUUCACAGAACAGCUUAAGCUCAGCAGUUUCCUCUAAUUUGUUUUAAUGAGGAAAACAACAAAGGUCUUGUUUACUGAUAGGGCAGUGGAGCAAGAAGUGCGUUCGCUGCAAGAAACAGUGACUCAAGUCUGAGUCUGUCUUUGCCUAAAGCUUCCAGUAAUGAGGAAUUAAAACCUGUUUACAUAAGCCAAACUUCUCAUCUGUGUGACAAGGAUCCUGUCCAGAUUCUCGUACAGUAAUUACAUUUUGAAAAUCUGCCUGCUGCUAAAGCCUCGUAGAAAAGGUGGGCUAGUGUACUUCAAACAUAUGCACUCACCACUGGGAAGAUGGGAUACGACUGCUCUGACUGCUUCUCAGCAAGUCUCUCUCCUGAAGCAAUAUUUCACUUAAAGAGCAUUUCUUAGCUCACCACCUCCACAGGAGUUCAGGAGCGGUCACCCUCCAUCUGUGGCUGCCCUCAGGACCUGGAGUCAGCUCUAGUUUCCGACUUCACUUGCAAAGAUCUUGAUAUUUAUUAUCGCACACAGGCAAUCUCCUUGUUAAAAAAAAAAAGCCAGUGUCGGUGAAGCGACCAACUCAGUUCAUUGACCCCCCUCAUGAGGAUGGGGAUGUGGUGUACUCUAAAAUUGAGAAAGAAAGAACAUUUUUAAUGAAUUCCUCUCUGAUUUGUCCCAUUUUUUCCCCCCUCAGGUAGAGCUUUGUUGGAUGUGCUGGUAUUGGGCUCUGCAGAGCAAUCCCCUCUUAUUAAAGACCUGCUGCCUCUGCUAGGAGCACUCAGACACAUGUCCUGUUGGCAUGCUGCUAAGAUCUCUGUAGUCACACAACACGCUACUGGGUGAGGAGAUGAAAAAAUAUUCACGCAUUUAAUUAUCACACAUUACACUUUAAAACCAACUGAACAUUGACAGUCUAAUACUGUAUCUCUCCAAUAACAGUCAAACCAGUAGACUCUCCUAUAGUCUGUUUCUACAGGAUUCUUGUAUGUUCACGGCUUCUGAAGUGUGCAUUUGAGUACAAAUACAGAUCCUCUGAUUUACUGUGAUAUUUCAAGCAUCAAAAAAAGAAAAAGGGCUGUCAAAAGGCUGGAUUUGUAGUGUGUUGUGUGAAAUGAUUGACAUUUGUGAAAUGCUCCCAGUUCACCACCAGGGGGUCUUAGAAGAGUAAAUAUGGGCAUGUGUUGGCUUGUGUUCAUGGAUGAAGAGUCUGAGCGGAACUUUGGUUUACUAAAUAGAGAAACAAAAUUCACUGCGAAUAUGGACUUUUUUUCCUCAUAAUCAAAUAAUCUAAAAGACCCUAAUGUUGAUUGACUAAUUGAUUUUUUUUUCAUGCCCAGGUGGCAGAAAACAGCAUCCUACCUGAGCGCUGGUUUGGUUGAGCCUGCUGACCUCUACAGUUGUUUGAGCCACAGAGAUCUAUGGAGGGGCGGUCUAGUUAUCAGAGAGAAGAAGGUAAUGACCACAGAAAACUGGUGCAGGCAUGCAGAAAAAACACUCAGGAAACAGUACUUAGUGCAUAAUUUAUUUCACUUUUGUCCUCUCCUCUCUGUGCGGAGAGAAAGAGGAGUCAGGAAACUUUGACUCGUUUGAACUGGUACAGUGCGGAGGGAGGGAAUCCCAGCAGAGUGGGUUUUUUGUUGAGAAAAAACCCACUCUUUGUAAUGGUUAUAAACAAAGGAGAGGGUGUUGGUGACUUGAGACGCUGCGGGAACAAAGACAGACUGACUUAUUAAAGAAGGGGGGAAAAUGGAUUUUGCAAAAGUUGUGAGAACUAGUGUGUGCAAAAUAUUUUUUCUUAUAUUGUCAUCAAGAAAACGGUGGCAGGAUGAAAGCUGUAUUACUUGCUGAAAAAAAGAAACACAAAUUCAUCUGUAGCUGUCUAGAUGGUCCAGCAGAGAAGGAAAAAAGGUGUAUGUGGUAGGUGAGCUGUUGAGAAAGUGUUUCUGUAUCAUCACCUCUGUGCAGUGUGCAUGAGAAAAAGCUACGUCCUUCUGUACUUGCCCUGGGCUUUUUAUCGUGAGCUGUGUAGGUUGUAAGCUGGAGCACAAAGCCAGCAUAGUUCAGCAUAGUAACAGUGUUUCCCAAACAACCUUCAAAACCCCUGGCUAUUAAUAGUCUGCAUGGGCUAAUCAUGCACAUUUGCUCUUUAUUUUCCAGUAAAACUGUUCUGCUCUGCACACUCAGGCUGUAUAAAAAUGCUAGGCCACAGGGUAAUCUACACUUAUUGCCUGUAAUUGGAAUUUUUUGAAUGGGCCUCUCUGAGCAGGUGAAUGAGUGCAUUACAUGACGCCUUACAGGGGUCAUGGGAAAUAGCUCUGCUUUGCUGGAGUUACCCCAGAAAGGUCAACCCGGCCCUCCCUGGCACAGCCCUGCACUGACUCAACAGCUAUUGAUUAUUGGUUUGGAUUUAGUAAAGUGUCAGAGAAUGCCUCUGGGCAGACGGUGAGUAUUUAAAGAAGAGCACCGGUGUCAUUCAGAUGCAGACACAAGUCUCACCUUUCUGCUCCUGUUUGAAUUUCAAGUGUUUGAAUACAUUUAAAUGAAAUAAUAGUUUAAACCAAUGGUUUAGUAUUUUUCUUGUAACAUUGAAAAAGUCUGUAUUUUAUUUUUUUACUGCAUCAUGUGGCCAAAACUAAGAAUAGACAAGUACUCAUUUUGUUUCUCGUCUGCAUGUUUUACCCAUUUGAAACAGACCUUGACCCUCUUUAAGAAAAAAUUAUAAUAAACAAUACAAUAUCUAUUGCCCAGGGCUUGUUGACCUUUUUUAUGUUGGCCCUGAUAAUCGUGCCAGAAAAGAGUGCACCAAAGGUCACAGAGGGAAGAUACUGAUGGUUCAGAUUCAAAAAAGCAUUUUUGUGUGUCUCUGAUGAAUAAGUUCCUUCCACUCUUGAACACAUUUUCUGUGAUUUAUUUGUUUGUCUCUCAGAGUUGCAUAUUAAACACACAACUUGGCGUGUGAAAGUAUUUUUCUGGAAGAGCCAAGGCAGUCAUCGCAGCAUUUCUUUUCCCACCAUGUUUUGAAUGACAGGUUUAACAUCGAUAUUGGUGUGUUGUUCGACAGCCUGUAUUGAGCCCUUCCUUCCAGCCUCACACACAGCCUUGUUGUAUCAAUGUGAAAAGGCUGAAGUGAGGUGAGCUGAUGGCAUUUUUAGUUGCCACUCUGGAGAUUACUUCACACCCACUUGUACUUCUUCCUCAUUAAGCAGGAACUCUGGCAGGAGCAGCAGUUUUCUGUCUCUGGAUAGAAUUGGCCAAUUUUGUGCUAUUCUUCUCCAGCAAUCUGUUUCUCUGCAGUUUCCCUUUAUGUCUCAUACUGUUGGGAUUUUUAAAUUGGCUGAGAAUUUUAACUGCCUUCUACACACUGAGCAGGCUGUAUCGAAAAAUAAGUUACAUCCUUGGGAUAAAAAAGUUUUUGCUAAGAAUAUCAAAUUAAAACAUUUUGCUGUUAUUUCUCCAGUAUGAGCCUUUAUUCAGGACUGCGUAGCCUUAUUUUGGAAUGGUUUAAGCAUUGGCGGGAUUUCUUCCGUCUGCUGGAGUCAAAACUUUGAGACUCGCAAACACUGGAGGAAAGAAAAAGUCACUGUUAGGCACUAAAAUGUUAAACAGACAUUUAAACUUAAUGAAUCAUUCGAGGGUUGUUAAUUUGAGGUACAACUUUUGGGAUUUGCUUGUAAAAAUAACAUCCAAGAUGCUCAAAGCAGAUGCAUUUCCACAAAAGGUUGAUGAUUUUGGGUUAAAUAAUAAUGCCAUACAUUAACAGUAUAAAGUGCUUGUGUUUUAAAUCUUAGUGAACCCGGGGUGGUAAGAUGCCUUAAAAAUGACACCUUUAACCUUGAUGAAUUGUGACUCUGAGCUGCAGUUGAAACAAGUUACAACAAAUCAUAAGUUUUUAUUUUAUUUUAUUAAAAGUGUCAGCAAAACAGAUAAAGGCCAAGUGAUAAAUACAAGAUUUUAAAAAACGUUUGCCUUCUGUCUUUGCUCUAACAGUCUAGUUUUAUGAUCGCAGCAGUCUGAUAAUUAUCCAAGUCAACUGGUGAUGCUGCCAGGUGCUUGACCAAAGUCUCCUCUGCUCCACCUCCUGAGUUUAGUCUGCUGUGGCAAGCAUGAAGCAUCUCUUUGAAUAAAGUGACCUUUUCUCAGAUGUCUCCUUCUGAAGUGAGCUCUCUCCAGCAGACACCCAGUAAAAGCUUCACAGUUGGGGAGCACUGAAAUAAAGAGACCUCCCGAAGGAGUAAAUGCCUGCCUGGGAACAACUGCCAUCAUCCUGCUGCUGCGAUACAUGUGCGAUAACUACUACUGUACUCCUGCACGUGUAGCAGUAACUUAACAGCCAUGUGACUUCAAAAGAAAAAACAGGGCAGGUUUUGAUUAGGAGUAGACACUUGAUUUCUGCAUUGUGCUCUAUAAUGACUCAGCAGGUGGUUUGACGCCUGUACUGACCAGGAGAGAUUGCAAUUAUUCAAAAUAAUGAAACUACUUGCUGCUAAAUGACUGUUUCCUUCUCUUUGUGUUUCUUUUUGCAUCAGUAUGUCUCGGAGCUGCAUUUCAGUGGCUUUUCUCUAAACUCUCCAGAGAAUAAGAAGUCUGCCUGCUGCCUCUUACGGGCUCCUUACAUCUCUACAGACCACAAACUGCAGUCGGAGGUGAGUCUCAAGUUCCUAAUGACGUAUCAAGUCCUCAAUGUACAGUCUAAACCCUUUUUUAACCAAAAACUUGGCCUGAUAAAGAAGACGACAGGGAAUUCCGCUUAUCUUUGUGAUUUACUGUCAACAUGAAAGGUAAAGAAAAAUUCAGACCUGAUGGAUGUUUUAUACAUGAAUGUUGACUAUUGUUUGUAUUUGUGUUCUCCAAGGCCAGCUCAAGGCAUAGGCGUCAGGAAUAUUAACAUAGCAUUAAAGUGCCACUCAGAUUGUGUUUUUACUACUUGAAGUGUUAUCAGCAGUAUUUAAACUAUGAGUAUAAAGUUUUUAGCCAAAGUCCCAUCACAUGUGUCAUUUUUAAGGGCUUUUCUUCUGCAGAGCUCCAGUAAAUCAUUAGCAAUUCACCUCUGAGUCGUGGGCGGAGACAGCGCUGCUCUGCACACUUCUGCUCGAGUUAGCUUGCAGCCUAACAUUGCCAGUGUAGUAGAAGAAACACGUAACAAAGGAGCUAUUUAGCUCUCGGACAGUAUUGUCUUUAGGGGCAUGAUGAAAGCUAGUAUCAUAAUUAUCUUUCUUACGACCAUUGCAAUCCGCUAACGCAGACGCUUGUUCCACAAUCGUCCUCUCUAUUUCUCUGAGCCUGGUUUGCAUAGCCGGGCUCCGGGGGUGGAGCUUGGAUUGGUUGCGUAGGAAAUGUCACUGUAUCUGAUCCAGCUGUUUGUCUCUGCAAGAGAUUCACAGUGAUUUGAAUGCAGAAAUACUCUUUUUUUCUCAUGACAUAUCCUGUAGUACCAGUAAAAUGCCAUAUGAACAUUUAGACAACAAGAAAAACAAGAUUUUCAUCUCAGUGGGUUUUUAAUAACGACAUUAUAGUGGCGUCAGGAAUAAUAACAUAACAUUAAUAAUAACAUAAUGGUUGGAUUUGACCUUUUAAGUGUGGCCUUGAGUGACACCUUCUUCCACUAAUCAUCAUCACUGUUACCACUUUGAAGGCACCCAGGUCUGGAUAAGUAGAGCUUGUCUUUAUGAUCAGUUAUGUUUACAACUUGCAUCCUGUCGGCAGUUUCACAGUAAGUGUCUUGUGAGCAUUGGUUGGUUGGCAACAAGUGCGACAUAGGAAGGCAGGGAAAAGUAAUACUGUUAGCAGCCAAAGCUUGGUUAAAUUAUUCCUAAUUUGCAACAUUUUGAAAUGAUUCAAAUGUGUUUCAUGAAAAUCCAAAAUGAGGUUUGUUUCAUUACUCACAGGGCUGUACUUUGCUGAGAUGAUAUGAACGAAACUGUAAAAUGCCUCUGGAGUAGGUUCUUUUUAAUUCCCAUAAUAGCAAAAUUACUUGUGCAAUUUAAAAACAUAUUUUCAUGUGAUUAUUUAAAAGGACCUGUUCAGCUGCAUCCUCUUUUAUAAGCUGUACGGGUCUGAGGAGUAGUUCUGAAGACAAGAGCUGCAGUAUGUGAGGAGAAGUUCCACAACUUCUAAUCUCUCUCACAAAUCUCCAGUUUCUGCAGUGUUGUUCCAACAGUGGAAACAGCAGUGACCUGGUAGAAAUAUUUAUUCCUGAUCAUAUAUUUAAGGUGUGAGGAGCGAUAUAGAGGUCUGGAACCUGCUAGGUCAUUGCUGCAACUCACUGAACUUUUCGAACACCUCAGGCGGCUGAAUUUACGAGUUUUAUUGGCAGACAAUGGCAUUAUUGUUUAAAAAAGUCCAACUGCUCCCCUCAUUAGCUCUUGAUUUUUCCUCCCUGGCAAAGACUUGUUCUCAAACAUGCCAGCAAUUUCUCCACAGUAGCAACACAAUCUUCUGCCAGAGCACUCCAGGCCCUGCGCCCGAUCCAAAUGUUGUCAAUAAGGAAGUCUUGUUUUGAAAAAUUCAGUGUUUUACAAGACGGUUCUUACCUACAGCUUAAUAUGAGAUGCUGAUGAAACCAUGCGUGUGUGUCUAUGUUCUUUAACUCUGGGGCAGGCUUUGACUGACAGGAUGUGAAGCCCACGAUGACUGAAUUUCCAGUCAGGGAAGAACUGUUCCUUCUUAAGCCCAGCUCAGCCUACAUCUUGCCUCCGAGCUAAAGAGUUAGAUGAAAUCCUCACACUCCCAUCUCCUAAUGAUCUCUGGUGGCUUGCAGGAGAUAAGUUCAAAAGGGUCACAUCCAAAUUACCCUUUAAUCACAUUGGGGAACCUGUGACAGAGGGAUCAUCUGCCCGAUAAAUUAGAUGUAUUUUAUCUUUUAAAUUACUUCUUAUAUCUUGUGACCAGAAAAGUAUUUUUUAAUCGUGAUUUCUUAUACUAAUAAGAGGAGCCCUUUCUCCCUUUAAGUUUUUUGCAUGUAUUGUACCUCCUAACGUGCACAGCCUCAGUGAGGUUGUAUUUAUUAACAGUAUUGACAGUAAGUAAAGACUGAGUUCUGUAUCCAGACCACGUUCUAAUGGUCUUGUAUUUUCAGAUAUAGUCACAGUACAUUACAGUACAGCACAAUAUCACAGUAAGGCUUUGUCUGUGUUUACAGGGAAAGUAUUUUUGACUCUUGAACACUUCUGUUGUCUUGCUUUUUUACUCACAAGCAAACUCUCACAUCAGAGUGUUUGUGAAAAGGGAUGGCUUGAAAUAUGUAAGUGUUAACAAAGAUUGCUGCAUCUUUUUAAUGGCUAAACAAAAUCUAAAUUAGGGAUCACCUGCAAAUUUCGGAGCACCAACCUAAAAAUAAGGAUUUUAACAAACACCAUAAACACAUCAGGGACAUGGGUUUAAAUUUAGUGAAGGAAAGUUCUUAAGCAAUGGUGUAGGCGGUGUCAGAUUUCACAUUUAGCUCUGGCAGUUGAGUGAAAUGGCCGGCAGCACCCUGAUGAAAAAAAGAUGUGAACUCUUGAAACUGACUCUGAAUCCUUCCUCUUUGCCAAACACUUGUCCUGGCUUUCUUGUAUUUGGCACGCUUUCCAUUUUCAGUUCCCUUUGCUUUACAGUAAACACGAUACAUCAUGCUGUUUUCAUAGCACUUUUAAAGUCUCAGCUGCUUAUCUCUUUUUAAACUCUUUGCGGCUGAUAAAUCCUGUUUCACCACACCACUUUCGCCUUUACCAACUUCAAGUGUUGCAUUUUUCACAACAUUUGGCUAAUAUAAGGCUAAUAUUUACCAAUCUAUGAUCACCAUUGACAUAACGGCAAGCUGAUGUUUGAUUGAUUAUGGAAGAAUUGGAUUGAACAAGGACUGAGAGGAUUUACUUGAGAGACUCCUGGAGAAAUAACUUGCCUAAGGCCUUCAUCUAAAUCCAGACAACUUUAAUCAAGAGAUUGCUGUGUUUUCAGCACUGUGCAUAGAAACGCUAUUGUACAUAAGCUCUGAGAAUCCAUACGUGCCUAACCUACAUUUGAGGGAGAGAGAGACCCUGAUUAAUUAACUCACUUACUGGUGUUUCCAGACAAGUAGGGCUGUCGAGCUGUAUAAACAUUACACUGUUUGUUUUAUUUCUUGUCAAAAUGUGCAUGUCAUGUCUGUAAAUAUUCUGUGAGCCACGGAGAAAAGAUUUUCUUUUCACAGCAUCUUCCACUUUCAUUCCCAUCUGUGACGCCAGCUCAACAGGGAUGUGAAUUUCUGUAGACUUUGCUCCGAUCAACUUGUGAAAGCUUUUAAUAAUGAUCCAUGCUGUUUAUGUUGAACGAACUUGACAGCUCAACAGCGUUCAGACCCUACUGUUUCCUCUUUGCCACUGUACAGGGGCAUGCCCAGACUCUUUUAAGAGGGCGGCACAACUGGGGCACUCAUAUAGGUAGGAGUAGCUGACAGAUGUGUGCGCACACACUGGAGAGCACAAACACAGGACAAUGCACUUUACAUUUGGAUAGAAAGAGAACUAGUGCUAACCUGUUUCAACACAGCUAAAUAACUGAUAAUUGAUUACAUGAGAAGCAUUUUUGAUAAGGCAAUAGCUGGGUACUGGGCGGCACCUGGGAAGGCCAGAUUUCAGGACCCUAACCCAAAGUCAGGAGGAAAAUAAAUGUGGAGCAUGCAACAUUUCUUCUCACUCAAUAAAUCACCAGAAUAAUAAACAGAAUACUUGAUUACUGAUGUAAUUGAUUACUGCAGCCCCAGACUGAAGAGAAUGGUCCGUCAGUGAUCGGUAACAUCCACUGAGAGGCACACAUCGCCCUCAACUUACAUCACUCUGCCUCCUCUAGCUGGCAUUAAGAUACUUAAAUCUGUUUAAUUAUCUUUAACAGAAGAAACUUUCAAUUAGGAGUGUCCCGAUAUGAUAUUGAUAUCGGAUACCGGUCCGAUAUCAACAAAAAAUCAAAUAUCGGAUUAUUUCGGCUGGCAUCUAAAAUCUCUGAUAUCAGCACUCCAAUACGAGUAGUUCAUUCCAGACUCCGCUCCAGCACCUCUAUCUAGCAGCACCCGGAUCCAGCAUGUAGAGCCCAUGUGAUCACAGCAACAGUGUGUACUAAGGUACUAACAAAGUACCAAGGAGUAGGAGUGAUGUCGGCCCUGUGGCAGUAUUUUUCAUUUAAGUCAUGAUACAAUACUGAAGGCUACAGUAUAGGUAUGCUAUCGGAGGUCAAAAAGUUGUAUUGGGUCACCCCUACUUUCAAUUCCUCAUACUGUAGAAGCUGCAACUUGAACAACUUUUCGGCCCCAUCAGCACAUUCCUGAAGUGAUUCCUCUGCUUUUUGGUCAACUUUUGUUAGUCAUUUCUUGCAAAAUCAAAUAAAAUUGAAGAUUGAGUUUAUGUAGACUCUCAAGUCAAUUAGAACUCAAAAUCAUAUAAGCUGUAGAAAUUACAAAUAUUACUACAAGCAGUAAGUUGGAAAUUGCUGAAAAAUGCAUUUCAGUGGUUUUCCUCGUAUUACAUAGCCACUGCCAAAGCCAUCAGCUCAUAUAAACCAUAUCUACAGAGAACUCAGCUCUUCGUGAGUAAAACAUUAAACCCAUAGAAAAGAUAAGAAUGAUGACAUGUAACAACAGCGAGCUAUUAUGUUCUAUCGUUUGCUUGAUGGUGUUUUGUGCCGUGGAAAUGCUGUGUGUUUUUAUAAACUGUACUCUUAAUGAGACAUGCUCCUCUAUAACAGUUAGAGUAGUUCUAUAAUGAGUUUACUUAUAAAGAUUAAUACCAAUUAUUGUAAAACAGCACAGCCUAGAUGCUAGUUUGAUGUAGGCAGUAGGCCCAUGCUGCACAUGCACAUAUGUGCACAUAUUAGCCUUAAAAGCAUUAAGAUUAAAGAGGUCAGUUGAAAGGAUGUCUGUAGCACACAUGAAUGAAAAAUGAAUUAUUUUCAGCCUCAUCUCAGUGACUGUUUUACGUUUGAUAAUGUUUGAUUGGUGUUUGUUGUAACCAUUAUCUGCUUUGUGAUUAUGCAUCUUGCAGCUGAUCGUGUAUGAAUUCUCAUUAUUCAGUUAACAUGCAGGGUUUAAUUGUAAAACUGUGUGUGUAUGUGUGUGUGAGACUGUGCGUGCUACUCUUACAUGUCUUAACAGACUCGGGAGAGUUUUUGUGUUUGUGCUGUGUUUGUGCUGGUGUGUGAUCUUAUCAGAUCCCUGUAUGGAGAAGCAGAUGGCAGUGAUUUGUUUUGGCAAACUUUGAUAAAAACAAACUCAGAGGACAACAAAGCUUUUCACACCAACCCUCCACAGGGAUAAGUGACUGUAGAAUAACUUGCACUCACAGAUUAUCUCCAGUCUUAACUUUGCUCUGAAUCUCAGAUAAAGAAAUGUACUUAUGAGAGUCUGUGUAUUGUUAGUUAUUCAUAAUAAGAAAGUGGAUCAGACCCUUAACAGAUUAGAGUUCUUUGAUGACUUGUUAGUCCACAACAAACCAAAUACAGAGAGACCCACUCUCUAAUCUAGAGUGAUGCUGACAGUAGUGACUGGUUUCAUCGGUCUUGGAUUAACAGAUCUGGGUAUCAAAGGAGAUCAUGGGAAACCUGUAAGUGGCACUCCAUCACACUGAAACCAUUUUUCUUGGAAAGCUAGUGUCUGUAUUUGUAGCAAUUAAACUCCAAAUUCAGUAAGUUUUCUUUUAGCAGUCUUCUAAAAUGAAAACAGUGUUGCCCCAUCUAUAUUGUGCCUUUAUCCUCCACAUUUUAAAGCUAAUGGAGGAAAUCCCUCUGAGCUGUAUAAUAGUCACGUUUUUACUCUUGAAACUUCAUUCUCAGGGGAGCUGUGCCGUGUAUAAGAACAACUUUUUAUUAAUGGUGAAUGUUCUCCCGCUGCCCCACAGCAUUUGUUGACAUUUAGUCUUUGAAAGUUCUUUUUUUAAAAAAAAGCAGCACAACCCAAGAGAGGGGAUCUCCUUCACUCUGCACUUUUCUUUUGGGAUUUUUAAAAUUGUAAUAUGUGUUCAAAAUUGUCCCUUUCCCCUUAGCUCCUAAAUGGGCGCUAAAAGUCAUUCAUCAGUCUGUCACUGCUGGAACCAUCCUCUGUUUUCAUUGUUCUUUUUAAGUGAAAUUGCAACAACCUCUAUGUGUGUUGCCUAAGCUGUAAGGCUACAAAACACACACUGUGUUUCUGACAUGAUGGCUGGCAUUACAGAGUAUGAUCACACUUCAGUAUUUUUUUUUUUUGUUGGCAUGGAAGCAAGUGUUUUUUACAUGGUUGAUGUAAAAAAAGAAAAAAAAGUGUUGGUCAGUGGAGUGCCUCCACAGCAGCCUUUGAAUGUCGGUGAUUGUUUCACAGCAUAUUACAACAAUAAGCUGCUAAUGAGCUGCAAUUACUGCUGAGCACUGUGCAGCCAACUGAGGGGAAAGUGCAUGUAUUACAACGAUUCUCAUUCAAGACUUUUAUAAGGAUUACAGUGCCUUGAAAAGAACAGUAAAUUGUAUGUUAGAAGUCCUGUGUAAACAUUCAAAACACAUUUUAACCACAAGCAUUCACAGUUUUAAACCAUUGCAGACGUCACAUCACAUUACAAAUGUUAGAGGGCCCGCUGUAUCUCUCACUUUUUUGACGGAAGAGUAGUUAACUUUCCAAAUUUGCUGUUGAAACUAUAAAUCCAUCCCAAAUCAUUAAAAUCUUCAGCUGUUCGUUAUCUAUAGGAGUCUUUCAGAAGUAGGUCAUUCUUCAUUCCAGAUCAAUAAAUUAUGAGGUUGAGGUUUCGGGCUCUCCUUGGUAUUCUUGUAAUUUUUAUAUGCAAAUGACCUAUUUUUACUAUGUGACCAUUGAUUUAUAUAUUAUUGAUUUUCUCAAAACAUAAUGAGCUCAUUAGGUAAGUAGGACAGCUGCAUACUGCUGAAGUGUAGGCAUUUUUAAAUUGAGGCUUACAAUGGUAAAGUGUGAGAAUCUACUAGAUCCCUGCUGAUAUUUUGUGUGUUUGAGUUUUUGAUUCAGAUUCUAUGAGGAUGAAAUGUUUUUUUAGAUAACUGAUUAAGUCCUUUUAUUUUAGAAGAAAUCUACUCAAAUGUAUCUGGUUAUAGCCUCUUUGGUGUGAAGAUGUCCUGUUUUACUUUCUUUGAUUAUGCUUGAACCAUUUGACAGGCUUACUUUUGUCUAUAACACUCUUCAACAGAAAGGUUCUGAGGGUUGGAAAACUGAUAAAAAGGGAUGUUUUGCAAAACAUUGGAACGGCAUGUGAGAGUGGAAAUAGCUCAUAGACAAUAAGUCGAAUGUCAAAUCCAGAUUUGAUACCAGGAACACAUUUGAAAAUAGCUUGUGUUUACCUCUCUGUUUCAUCACCUCUUUAUCUUGCAACACUCUGCAAGAAUAAUUGAAAACUGUUGCUGUAAUUUUGAAAGAGGUAUGUUUUCCUGUUCUUUUUUGUUGUACUAUAUCAACUUCUCAACAUAUGGGGAUUCUUUUGUGGUAUUUUCAGUUUCAAAAUAUGACAGACAUAUUUGUUAUCAUCAGAUGGUGACAGAUGUAUUAUUUACCUUUAUAUAGAGAUGUCUUUUUUUCUAAGUGAGAGGCUGUCUGAGGCCACUAUGUAUUGGUUUUUGGUGCUAUCCUUUCCAUACAAAGAUGUCCUUGGAUUCUGUAAAGUUUUAAUAAUAUCGUGUUCUCUGGACUGAGAAAUUCAUUGAUUCUUUGGGGUAUUAUGUUGAGAAGUGUUACUAAGUUUUGCACUGUUUGCCAGCAUAGCCUUUAACAGGGGGCAGAACUUCUCCCUAUUCCUGCAGUCGACAGACUCAGCCUCUCCGAUCACAUUUCUAACCUAAUUAACUGUGAGAUGUUCUACCAUCUGCAACAUCAGCCCUUCACAACCCUCCCACCUUUUUUUCCCAACUUUUCUAAAUGUGUCGCUGGUAUAAAUUUCACAAUACACAUACAUUUUUCAAAAAACAAUCAAAUGUUCAGUUUCAACAAUGUGUUAUGUUGCUACUUGGAUUAGCUGCCUUUUGAGUUUUGUGUCAUUUGAAGACAUUCUGUUUCUGUUAUUUUGCACAACUUUCAAACUUUCUUGGAGACAGGAUUGUAUUAUAAGUAGUGAAAUUGAACAUAUAUAUAUAUAUAUAUAUAUUUAUAAACAGUAGUUUCCUUGCAGCACUGUUGGUUAUGUUCAAAUUCAUUUUAUACCCAAACAGUUGAGCACAGAACCAAGUGUGAUCCAAAAUCCAAGAUCCCCACAUGCACCAGGAAAAACUAGCAUAACACACACACACGCACACGCCAUGCUUAGCCCCCGAUGUAGGCUACUGAUACACUGAUUUCUUUACAGUGACUUUACAAGAAAUAACCUCAAAACAUGCUGAGAUUUCCUUUUUUUUGUUGUUGUUUUUUUACCUGUGAUCAACAUUCCUGUGUGUACAUGUGUUUUCUGUGCGUCAGCCUGGCUUUGCAGAGCUGUGACAUGCUGACAGCCAAGAAGCUAGAGAGAGAUGAACUGCAGUUACACAAAAACAAAAAUUCAGAUGAUUAAAUGUCUAUUUUUAUUUAAAAAAAUAUAUAUUAGCAGAUUUGAUUGUCGAUCCUGUGUUGUUCUUUUUUUUUCUCUUAUUUUAAUUUUAAAGUUUUAAGUGUAGAGAAGGAAAUCGGAGCAGGUCAACAAGCCUAAACUAAUGAUGCUUACUUGAGACAAUUUGAAGGACAAAGUUCUUCUGGAAAAAAAGACAAUAAAUUUUACAUAUUGCUUUCAUUUUUACUGAACUGCUAUUUCAAAACUCUGGACCAAACUGGACUGAGUAAAAACUUUUUGGUACUGUUAUACCCUCAAUGAUUAUUUCUUUCCCCCCUUUAUGGUCGCACUGUCUCUGAAGAUUCUGUUAUUUGUUAUGUUUGUACUUUCAGUGUCACCUCUGCUUCUUGGGUAUUUUUUUACACUUAUCUAACACCCUCUCCCUGUCUGUGUUUGUGUUUACAGGUCUUCCAUUAUUAUGCACCAGUCUUAGAUUUGGUCCAGUUGGUGGAUCUGUCAGACUUGCCCAGCUUUCUGAUCUCCACUGCUCACUUUGAACUGUAUCCUUGUUUCAUGAACCUGCGUGUUUCUUAAGAACACAGGUCUCACAAAUAUUUCACAGAAUAAAUCAACCUUAUUUCAUUACAAUACUAACUAUAAAGGGGUUUUAAAAAAGUGUAUUUUUUGAUUGUUGUACAGCACCUGACAAGAAUUGAAAGCUGGUUGCUUUCACCUUCUCCCCGUGACACUGUAUUUUUCCUUCACAAACAUCAAACAGGAGCCUGUGUGGGAAGUCAAUGAAAUCUAAACUUCUGCUGGAGCAACUGAGGUCACUGCGUGGAAAGGUAUCAGCUUUUGAUCCGUACUCGUGCGUGUAUAAAUAUUGAAGUGAUAGGCUUUCAAACUUUCAAGUUUUCAUUAAGUGGAUUUGUUAAUGACAUUUAUUUGGACUCAUCUCUUUGUGCACUUCACUGCCUGCAAAGGGAACACAGCAGAGAAAGAAGAUGGUACUAAUUCAUGUGAUUAAUGAGAUAGUGUGGAUCUUCAUCUUUCUCUGCCCUGUUUCUAUCUCCAGGUUGGAGCUUUGUUCAGCCUCUCCUGUACAAUCACUCCUGUCGCCCAGCCUGCAGCCAGUCAGCUCAGUUCCCAGCGCUGGAGAGAGACUAUAGCCAGGAGACCAAAGUCACUACCCAGUAGGACUCAUCUAUUUCUUUAUUUUUCAGUGCUGUAAUUGCCUGGUUAACAGAUGAUCAUGGGCUAAAAAAAGAGAAAAGCUGUGUCACCUUCUCUGGGGUGAAAUGGUUCCUGGAACUACACUGACUCAGAUGAUAGAACUUUCAUUUGAGCUGCAGACAUAAAAGUGGGAUUUAAUCCCAAAGAGGGCAGAUAGAAAAAAAAGUUGUCAGACGAGUCAGAAUCAAUAAAACCGCUGUGCAAUUAAGAUGAUUACUCUGCUAUUGACAUUGUCAAUAAAUGUUUAAGUUUAGAUCAUAAGUUGAAGUUCUCGCUUCAUCUUGUAUUAACUCUGCACAUGUUUUUCUCCUGUCUGUGGCCCUGCAGUCCCUGACGUGGAGGUGAAAGGUGAGACUGCUCACUACUUCCUGUUAGUGCAGGGCUCUGAUGACAUUGGGAGUGGAGCCUGCAGGGUCAGGAUGUUGAACUCAGACAGCCAAAUCAACGGUGCAGCUGCCAUGACAACCGUCUCUGGGUUACUGAGAGAAAAGUCUAUUUCAUCAUCAGGUAUGGUUCUGUUUUAAUGUUCCCAGAGGAGUGCGUUUGUGUGUUUGUCUGCCUCUGUAUGUCACAACCUCCCGCUGAGUACUUCAGAGUCCCCACAAUUUGCUGAACCCUUGAAUCACAGGACCUCAGACCUGAUAGUCUGUGUGAGAAAGUAAGAAAAAAACAGACAUACACCUGAAAACAACUUGUACCACAGCUAUUUUUAUCCUUACUGAUUAGUGUUUUGGUUUUGGGCUGUCCGAUCAUUUCUGCCAUUCAUGUAAAAACAGAGGUUCUUUACUACCUCUGAGGGAGCUAUCUACAAAGUUUAAAUCAUUGACUAGAUAUAAAUGUGAACACUGCACCUACAUCUCCCACCAUUGAGUAAAACUGAUACCAAAACACUGCUCCAAUAGGCUUUGAUGUAUUGUAAUCCAGGUUGUUAAAAUGCACAGCAAAACAGACUCUGAAGGCUGACGUGAUUACGGAAAGUUCAGUGGCUCUUGGCUAGGGCUGGGCGAUAAACCAAAAAUCUACCGAUACUGAAACUUACGACAAUAACCGACGUAAUUUUGCCCAUGUCAAUUUAUUCGUCGUCAAAAAAUAAAUAAAUAAAAUUUGGUUUUGGAUGUGUGGAGAUAGGCUCUGGUCUCAUGUCCCUUUAAGACGCUGUCCUACAUCGGAGAUGUGAUUCCACACCAUUCAGUCCGUAACAAAGAGGGAAAGACAGGUGAGGAGAUGGAGGAAGGUUCAAAGGUUGUAGCGGCUGAAGUAGACGAAGUUAAUGUGGGAGGAGGUGAGCAGCUUGUUGACCAGUUAUUGUCCAUUUGUCUUUAUAGAGGUGAACUGCUCAAUAUACUGUGAUAUUUUAUUUGAAGCAAUAUCGUCCAGCCCUACUCUUGUCUUCGUGUUGCUAACAUUUUCUUUCACAGUUCUUCUUCUUAUUGGCAAACAUAGUGAAUGACGCUCUGCUGUACAGAAUCUUUGUCCAAGUUAACAAAUACAAAAAAAACCUGAAAGAAACAGACAUUAAUGCCGUAAUGGUGCUUUUUUUUUUUUUUUUUUACAUUUUUUGGUUGAGAGGAUGGAGCUAAAUCCCACAGUAGAAAAACCAGCAUUCAUGUUAGUGGCUCAAAAAUUUGAUGAGCAGCAGCAACCUAUGACCUUCACAGACCUAUUUCAGAUUUAAUAUAAGUCAACAUUGAAGGUCUGUCAGUCCCCCUCCCUUUAUGAUGCAACAGACAGGCCCCCCCAUAAUCCAAGUCUUUGCAGAAACACGCAGCAGUAAUUCUUCUUUGAUGAACCUCUGAAAGUUGUGGCGUCUUCUCAGAUGAAAUCCGUCAAUUUUCUUCACGCCACUUUGUUCCUUCUGUUGUUAUUUUCAUCUUACUUCCUUUUUAGAUAAUCUGAAGUUCUAAAACCUUGAACUACAGUUCCCCAAAUUGCUCCUGGGGAUGUAAACAGAGGCUGUUAAUUAAAAGGUAGACAGAUAUCUCUCAGCAGCCAGUGUUAGCAGUAUAUCUUUGAAUACACAGACAAAUAUCACCGGGGAGGACGUAAAAUCAGAGUAUAAGAUCUUAUUUUGUUCAGGUUUGAUGUUUCUUACAAACAUUUUUUGUCUUUGCAUCAGGUGAAAUGAUAAACAGAAUAUUUUGCAGUGUGCUGAUAGGACCACAUUGUGUCGCAAGAGAGGAGGAUCGGGACUUUUGAUGUUAAGGGUUUUAAAAUACAUCUAACCCUUUCAUCUCACCUCAGUGUCUUGUUCCCCCCCAUGGAGAAGCGCUUGUGCUGUAAUAAACAAUAAAAGAGUACUCCUUUAAAAACAUGUGGUGGCUUGGAAACAGAGAGCAGUUAUUUGUUUUCUUCUAUUUGGCAAAGAAAAAGCCCUCAAGUACCCUUUUUCCUUUAAAGCAGCUUCACUGUUUGAUUGAAGUAGAAGUCCUUCUAGCUUCAGCUGCACAGGCUGAAGGCUUGUCAUUUUUUAUCAGGCGCCGCUGUUUUACAGAAACAGGGCUGCGUGUCUUUUUUUUUUACCGCUCCUUUCUGCCUCUUCAACACUUCUACUCCCCCUCUGUCUCCUUUCUCACUGCUCUGGAGAGUUAUGACUGCUCUGUUCAGGAUUUCCUCAUCUUUGGCACUAAAAGCAGAAAAAUCAGUAAAAGAGGAAAGAGUGAGAGGGUAUUGAAGGGACAGAUGUCUAACAGAGAGAGACAAAAGGAGAGAUAGUUGGUGGGGUGUACAUUUAUGAGUGAUUGGAGGGUUAACUUGAUGGAUUACUGGUUCACCAAACAGAAAUCUCUGGCUCCUAAUGACUGAGGAGAAAAAAAAAACACUUCAGUGUGUUUUUGUUCCCUAAGAUAAAAUCGUCCUUCCUGAUAGAAGUCCUUCAUUGUUCUCAAGCUUUAUAUGGAAUCCAAGAAACAGGCUGUAGUGUAACCUCUUGAGAGUUCCUGCUCUUGUUAACAUUUUAUUCAACCUUCAGGAGACAUUUUUGAAAUACCUUUUAAAUGCAAAGCAAGCCUGUGAAUGGCGCCCUAACAGCUGAAAUGGUACGGUGUGAGCGCAGCACAGUUUUCACAGCAUGAACUCAGCUCAGUUCUCAGUACAAAUGAAAGUCUUAAAAUGCUCACCUGAGGGUUUUUUCACCCUCACAAAAGCAUGAAAACUCAGUAUGCCUUUGUGUGUCGUGUUAGCGGAGGCUUUCAGAGGGAGAUCAAGUCUCUGUUGCCAGGAACGAGGUUACAAAUUUGACACUAUAAUAGGGUUGAAGUGUAUUUUUAAGUCUCUUUAAUAACUUACAGUAGAUUUUAAAGGGUAAAAGUAUCAUUUUUUUAUGUUUGUGUUAAAAUUUAAAUCAGGUCAAAAGCAAGAGAGGCUAUUAUAGUUCAAGCUCUAAUAAAAACGUUAUCCUUAAACUCUUGUAUUGCAGUCCAACAAUGUCUUUAAUUGGAUCAUCUGUCAGAUCAUCAUGACCAGUCAUUCUCUUUUUUUUUUAUCCACCUCUACUCUCUUUGACAAGGAGGUGCUGUAAGCAACAUCCUUUGCCCCCUGCCUUGUCUCCAAGGAGACAGCCUGCUGAAGACAGAGAGGAAGGUGACCCAGGUCCAGACACUCGUACUCAAAGAGUAUCUCAGUAAGUACUACGCUUAAAGCAGCUCCUGAGAUAGAAAAUGCGUCUUAGAGGACAUGCAGAGUGUUGGGAACAAAACAAAGAUAACUCCAGCAGGAGAUAAUGGUACACUAUUGUCGUCAAAAAGGUUUCAGUAUCAUUUGUGGUUUGUUUUCAGAGCUAUUUCUGUGUUUUUAUAAAUUGCUUGCUCUGUAUUUUAUGAAAAUAAGCAAUUUAUAGACCAGCCAUCAGAAAAGCGCUGUGAGCUCACUUCAGUUCUAUUUAUUUAUUUUUUCUGUGUUCAUUCUGAUAAAGGCUGUAGUGGUAGUGGCAGCAGUGUUCUUAUCAGUCAAUUUUUGGAUCAAAUAAAGAUUAGGCUUAACAUAUUUUGUUCAUUGUUUCAUACUAAAGUUGGGGUAGGCAGGAAUCCAUUAAAGAAGCAUCUUUUUUUGUGGUGUUUGUACGAAUAAGGCUUUUUAAUAUCAGUCAAUAGCUAUUAGUUAUUGAUGACAUUUGGUAAUAUAAUGAUAUCACUGUGUUUUGUUAUGUCUGUGUAGUCAACAUUUUAAAAUUUCAGAGCGCUCCGCUCUUUCUGACUGUAAACAAAGCCAUUCUCCGCCUCCUCCAACCUGAUUGGUUUUGAGGCAGACGCUGCUCCUUCGUGCUGAUUGGUUGUGAGGCAGACAUUGCUCCCCUAUGUCGUUCAGGAGCCCAAACAAAGUUAGAGUGCUACAAUAUCAGACAGUAGAAACCAACCAGAAAGUACGGAAAAUUGUCUGAAUCCUCCUUUAGCCACGACCACCAACACAAGCGAGAAAACAAAGUAAAUAGCGGAGACUCUGGCGGAAUAGCAGGCGCUUAAAAAGGAGCUAGACUGGACAGCAGCUAAGAAGCCGGGUCAACAGUGAUGGGGGACGCUUCAGGAUCUUACAGACCCUGUUAACUUUCUGCUGGACAGGUAAACCGCUUUAACAAAGUAAGCCAAGUGUAACAGAAGUGUAGCACCACUAAACUGUUUCCCUCGAGUCCUGGAUUAUGUCACUUUAUUCUAGUUGUAGAAGUCCUGCAAACAUUGUGUUUGCUGGUAGUCUGUUGGCAUCUACAGUAGCACCAAUGCUUUUAACUUUCACGUUAACUGGGCCCCAUUUGUAAUUAUCUGAAGUAUUUAUCUGCAUUAUAUCUGAAUUUAAUUGAAAUGAUACGAGCGAGCAGGAGCGUCUGUUUGUGGGCGGGACUUGCUGGAGCAGAGAGGGAGGGGAGAGGAGGAGCUGAGGGGAAAACUGGUUGGAAGGGGUAGAGUUUACAUUCAAGAUUUCUCCCCAAACCUGGCACUUCCUCAGAUCCUGCCUACCCCACCUUUAAGUUAGUGAGCUUAACUGUUUAAAUCCAAGUGUUCAGCUAGGGAAAUCAAAUCCCCUGUAUUCAGUGAGCUGCAGAGGUUUUCUGUGUACAACAAUUAAUCCAAGAACUAUGAGUAUUUUUCACACUUUCAGACCAUUCCUGGAAAGUUGCUUGCACCUAUCCACCAGACAGAGCAUACACUAACCACUACAUUACUUUGCCCUCUUCUUGAGUUUGGUUGAAUUUGUUAUACUCUGUGGUGUAAUGUUUCCGCUUGAUUAAAGUGGUUGUGUUAUAUUUUGCCACUACAAAACAUGAGCUUUGCACACAGUGGAUGUUACUGUCAGAUUUUUGCAAAACAAGCAUGAAAUAUCUCCAGUUAGUUCCUCCCUAUACUACAUCAGCUUUAGCAAAAUGCACCUCCAACACACUGAUGGCAUAUUACAUGUGUGCUGAAAAACUGAAUAACGCAGAAUAGAUCGGUGCCCCAUGGGUCAGCCCUCAGGAUCUGCUUUUAAUCCAUAUCCUACAUUGAUUUUUGGGUCGGUAUCAGACUGACACCCAGGAUUCGAUUAGUGCAUCCCUAAUAUUUCAUUCAUGGUAGAGUCAAAACAUCGGAGUGUUUUUUUUUACGUAAAACAUUUCUGUUGGCAUUUUCUCCCUACUAAACCAGUUCUGUAACCAUGAUCAAAGCCCCAACAGUGUUGCAGCUUGUGAUUGAUUGAUUUUGUUGACAUCUAUCUGACUCAGCCCCUUGUGUAUUUAAACACACCUAGUUUAUUUCUGUGUUGUUUCUUUACUUACUUGGGUCUCAAUUCCCUUGUGGUUAGAGAGUAAUGUUUUUGUCCACCAGAUUGUUAACAGUGAGAGGUUAAAUCAUAAACAGCACACUAGAUCAGGCUUUCCCCUAUGUCCCAUUUGCUGCUCGGAAAUUAAAAAAUGUUGUCAAGGGGUUUUGACCCAUCAAAAUCAAGUGUAUAACACAGCAUGGGAGUGAUAAUAACCAUGUAACACCCAGAGCUGUAAAACUUGCCAAAUAAAUGUGCUUUCCCCUCAUGGUGAAUAUUGUUGGACAGUUUGGAGAAAAACACUUGUUGGCUUUAAGACAGACAUGCAUAAACCAAGAUGUCAUUGUGCAUUGCACUGCAGCAGAUCAUACAUGAGGGAUGAAGGAGGUUAUCCUGACAGCAGUCACCUCUACCCUGACCCCAAAGAUGGCUGCUGGCACACUUCCUCCUUUAAUGAGUAGUUUUUACAACCUCAUUUUGGCCAGCCUGACAGGGCCACUUAUAUCAAAUCUGGGUCUUCGUAGUUUGGCUGAUCUUUUGUGCCUUUCUUGGGAGAACUUUGUAUAAAGGUUUAUAGUCUCAUUUGAUACUUUGAAUAGGCCUGGAUGAUAAGUUAACACCUAAAUAAUUUGUUUAUUCAUUAAUGUUUUAUUUUGACAGAAAAACCUAAUAUUUGCUGGUUCAAUCAUAAAUGUAAAAUCUGCGAUUUUCCUCCUUUAUUACAUGGGUUGGGAUUUUAGGAAUUUUGAUCUCACAAUGUUAAAAAAUCAAAUUAAUUUUAGUUUCUUAAUUUAAAAAGGAAUAACUUCAAGAAUGAGUUAUCAGAAAAACUGUCAUCUUGGUAUUAUUAGAUCAAGCUAACAGAGUACUUAGACUGUUGGUACUGGCUGUACAUGGCAGCUGUCUACCUACCCCUACACAUUGAAAGACCUACUUUAAGUACACACUGUGGUUACACUUUGAAGUAACUAUCCGUUAUAACUAGUUAAUUGAUCAUGAGUUAACCGUAAAUAAUUAAUUAUUUAUGACUUGUUAAGUGUUUGUUAACAGUUUAAGGACUUAUAAUGAUGCCUUUAUAGAUAGUUAAUAUAUCAUAUAAACUGUUAGUUAAUGAGUUACAAAUGACUUGUUAACUGUAUGUUAAUGAGUUAUAACUAUGCCUUAUAAAUUAGUAAUAGAUCACGAACAAGCCAUUAGUAAAUUACUUACGAAUGACUUGUUAAGUAUAUCAUUUGGAUGGUACUCUAAAGUUGCAACUAUUCCUCAUUUACUAACAGUUAGUAAAUGAGGAAUAGUUGCAACUUUAGAAUAACAUCCCAAUUAUUAUGACCAAAUUACCCAAGUAAGUAAUUUACUAAUGGCUUGUUCAUGAUCUAUUACUAAUUUAUAAGGUAUAGUAAUAAAUCCUUAACAUACAGUUAACAAGUCAUUUGUAACUCAUUAGCUAACAGUUUAUGAUAUGAUAUGAUAUAUUGACUAUCUAGAAGGCAUCAUUAUAAAUCCUUAAACUAUUAACAAACACUUAACAAGUAUUAAUAACUCAGUAAUUAACAGUUUACUAAUGAUCUAUUAACUAGUUAUAAUGGAUAGUUAUUAUAAAGUGUUACCCACACUGCUUAUUCUGAAAAUAAAUGCAUUCAAGACAAAAUGUUAGCCUUAAUUUUGUGUUGUUAAAUUUGAGUAAAAACCCAAAAGACAAAGGAAGGAUCUACUGUCAGGGGCUGCUCAGGUCUCACUGAACUGCUGUGCUGAACUCUCAGCUCUCCCCAGCCCUCAGCCAAGGCUGGUGCAUAGACAGACUGCUGAAAUAUCAUUAUUUUACAGACACACAUAAUGUUCCAUUUGCAAGCAAAGAUAGUGAAACACCAGUGAAGAGGAGCAAGAUAACAGGAAGUGGAGUGAUUUUUUUCAGACUGGAGGAGAGCAUUAAGACUGUACUGUUGAGAGCCUGAAGCAAAAUGAGGACCUCUGGAAGAAUACAGACCUUAAUGAAAUAAAAUGCAGGAUUUUCUGACUGCAUUAAAUAUGGAGAGAAUUUAGAACCUGUCAUAAGUUUAACACAUUGCGGAUCGGUGUAAAAAUAGCAAAAAAUCUCAGGAACAUGUAUACAAAAGCCAUAUUUGUCAGUUUUAAUUAGUUGUUUUUUGUUUUUGUUUUUGUUUUUUUUUUUACUAUUUCCGAUGUUGUUUGAUCACUUUUUAGAUACCUCUUCAAAUCCUCUGCUACUCUGCAGAUUAUGUUAAAAACCCUUAGAUGUGAAACUGGGUCAAAAAUUACCCGGGGAGGUGGUUUUCUUGGAAUAUCUUUACAAUGAAAAGUUACUAACAUUUCAUAUUUUAACUGUUCUUCAGAAACUUGUCUUUGAUAUCACCCCAUGAAACUUUGAGCUGAACCCCUAUACAUUUUGAGAAAUUGUCUUUUUUGUAAUUGUACCUCAAGCUGUUAGAACUGGGUCAAAAAAGACCCAUCUUAACUUUAUACAUUUUAGAAAUUCUAUCUUUUGUGUUACUGCCCAAAGCCUCCAUAACUGGGUCAAAAAUGACCCACAUGAAUUUGCUUUGUGAUCUUGUGGAAAUCACUGAUUCUUAUUAACCAAAGCUGUCAGGCUUAUAGUCACUGAGGACCACACUUAUAAUUUCACAACUCUCUUUUCUAUUACAAUCAUUUACACAGCAAGAUCUGAUACAUGUAAACAUUUUCACUUUUACCUCAGAAAAUAUGUCAUUAAAGUCAUACAUUUCAGUUGCCUACUUGUACAUACAUAUGUGUUUGUAAGUCAGUCAUGACUAUUAUUUGAAAUAGUCUGUUAUUUUACUUAGAUUUCUUUCUCAUCACCCGCCAAUGUAAAAUACUUGAUUCUGAUUGGUUACUUUUUGAUUGCAUUAUUAGACAGCAUGAGGAAUAUUUUUAACAAGAAUAUAGACACAAACUGCAACACAGUAUGGGCAUUGGCAGUGUUACAAGACUGAAUGAGUUAGAGGAAAUGUCAACAUUUAAAGCUAUUUUUGUGGACCAAGAUAUAUUACAAAACAUAAAACAAAAGAUUAUUUUAGAUUAAAAUGGCAGAAAAAAACAUUAGUUCUAAUAAAGGCUUUUUUUAACCCAGUUAAUGAAGAGUAUAGAGUCUAUCCACACAGUCAUCUAAGAGUAAAAGAUAGACGUAUCAAAAUCAUUGCAUUUUGUUAGAUUAAUUUGAAUUGGGUGGUCAAAUCCAGCACAUCCUCAGCAUUCAUUUGUUGUGUCAGAUGUGUGGUGCAGUGUGUGUAUAAACAGCAUGGAGGCAGGCUGGAUGUGAUGGAGUAAACAACAGCGGGGAUUACAAAUGAGCAUCACUUAGUCGCCAUUGUCCUGUUGGGCCUCAUUUAGCGUACUCACAGUACAUUGCUCCUUUGUCUGCUUUGAUCUCAGCAUCAACAGAAGAUUAACUUCCCCCAAAGUCUUCAUGUUUGUCGUCUACAGCCCACACAUCCAUGGGUUGUAUUUGACCUGAGCUUUACAAUGUGCUCUCUUAGGUAUCCUCUAGUAACGUGUCACACAUAGGCAAGUAUAACUGGACACAACACAGGCGAACACACAAAGUGUAUAUCCAGCCUCUGAAGUUCCUUCUCUGUCUUCAGAUGAAUCCUCCACAAAUCACAUCACCCACAUCUUUCAGAGUAUAAUCUAACUUAUUUGAGACUAACUGAUCUAUGAUAAGCAGCGAGUCAAACUCAUAUUUAGAACCUUUUUUAGAAGUGAAGUCUCAGAAGUCCUCUAACUCUACUAAAGAAACAUCAUUUACUUUUUUGGUCAUUUUGAAUAUGCACAUAUCUGAUUUAAUUAGGGUAAGAAUGAACUUUCUCUUUGUUGCAUAAGCAACUAAAACUUUGCCCUUUUAAUCAUUUCCAGUUAUAUACCCCGUAGGCACCUCUAAGGAGAAAGAAAGUUAGCAGUUCUACUUAAACAGGUCAUUUUGCUCAACAUUUUAUGUAAAAACACAACUGCUUCUUGUAGUUGAAGUACUUAUCAGAUUCAUUAAAUAACUCUUUGGAGGAGCCCCAACUCCCAUCACACUUACAUGGUGUAAGGGAAAAACUAAUCAAAGAAAUACACAACUGAGAAGGAGGACAUUUUGCUAUAAACCCAGUCAGCAAAGCUGGGGUAGACAACUUUGUAAAACCAGCGGGAGGAAACAUGUUCAGAGUGUCCGACAAAAAAUACAGUCAAAGCCGAAAGUGAUUUCCCCCCACUCAGCGUGUGAGACCUGUCCGUGGAAAUCAUCAGGGUGAAAAGGGUAGAGUAUUGUAGCAACAACUUACAUUGUUAAACAACCUUUUCUGCCAGCUUGUGCUUCUGCUGGUGUGAGCUUACUGAAGUUUCCUCUCAUGUGAAUUGUAAGAAGUGCAGAGUCUGAACGCAGGUGGGUAGACAGGAAGACAGGCUGUCCUCUAUCUGUGCUAUUAAAUGGACUCAAAAUACAUCUUAGCUUAGGCCAAAGACACCCAAUUUGUUUUCUGCACUGGGUGGACUAUUUGAUAAAAGUUUAGAUCUGAAGAAAAUUAAGAAUAACUUGGUCUAAAAAUGAUUCCUACAUAAAUUGCCUUUUCAAGCUCUAAGUAAUAAGAGCUAAGCCAAAAUGCACAACCAUUUAACCAAGUAACUUAUUAGGAAGCUAAAAUGUUGCUGCAAACUAAAAUUCUGUCUCUGUUUGUGUGAAGGACGGAAAGAGGAGACUGCGGCCUCAACCUCAACACCCAUCAAUGACUUGAAGGUCAUUUUGAACCUGGCCAGAGAAAAAUAUCUGAAGAAGAUCGACUCCACGCUGCCUUCUGUCGCCACCUGUCUGACAGAGAAGCAGGAGAGCUCUGACGUCAAUAACCCAGGUAUUGACUCAGGAAAAGUAAAUAACAGUAUUUUCACAUUUAUUGAAAAUCACAUAUCCUGAGUAUAGAUUUGAUUUGUCUGAAGGCUGAUCCAUCUUUACAACCUGCAAAGUGAAAUUUAAUUUCAGUCUGUUGUUUUCCACCUUGCCUUGCUCAGAGAGGUGGUAGCUAAUUAACUGCGCUGUAGCACCUGUUGAAUCAACGUGUGUUUUAGUGCCACAUUGUGUGUCAUGUUGCAAGAAAUUGAGCUUUGAGCUGGAGAGGAAUAAGGUUGGCAAGAACAGACUUAAUGAGAAAUUUAUAGACCAUGUAGUUCAUUAUCCAGUGAAUGAGUUCCUCACCCAUAGUGUACCAAAACAUUUUUUUGUUUUUUUAAAGUGAUUGUCGAGGUAAGUAUUAUAUAUAUCCGACAAAGAGAGCUUUUGGAGCAUAGUCAAGUUUUUGCACGCUUGUGCUGAAAAAAUGAUACACACCUGCACCGUUUUCUCAUCGUGACAGUCAGCAGGAAGGCCACCAGUCUUCUCUGCGGGGAAAAGCCAAUAACAAUCCUGUCUCUCAUGCUGUAGAGACAUAGAAAUCUAUGUAUGACAAACACUGAACACUUGUACACCAGAGGAUUUUUACAGGGCUUGUGGGAGAAGACAUCAAUAGCUGCCAAGUGGUGCUAAAACAGGAGUCCAAAUCCUUGUUAAUCAAACCUUCAAUUGCCAUGAUCUAUAUCACUGCGUAAUCAAUAUACUUCAGAUUUUCACUGUAACUGUUUGAAGCGUAUUGAAUUAUUCAGCCAGUACAAAACUAACUAUUCCAAUCUCUCUGAACUAUAUUAAUCUCAAUCAAAGAUACUGAUGCAAGUCCACUUGUUUAUUAAAUGCCUGUUCUGACCUGUGAGCUGUGAAGCAGCAUUCAUUUCAUACACAGUCUUCUGAUGACAGUUUUAGGAAACAGUGCCAGUUAAUGAUAUAUCAAUAAAUCACAAGCGAUAGAACAAAUUCCUGCAGUCAGCAAUGACUUGCCACACUCAUUGUGCAGAAAAAAAAACACAUUAGGCUAUGAGGCAAGAAGAGCAAUCUGUUUGAAUGUCAAAAAUGUCACGGCAUUACCUCGAUUAUUUCAGGAGUUUUAGCACAGCAGUCUUUGACAUGUUUAUGAUGUACUUGUGCAGGAAUAGAUAGAUACAACAGACAAUGUCAUCAGUGAAAGUAGCACUGGUCUUGUGUUUUCUCCUGAUUUUAUGUUCUGCUUCAUUUGCAUUUUAUAUUAAGCUCUCCAGGACCUCAUAUAAAUGAUUUAAAUGAAUACUGUAAGAGAUGAGCCAGACGAGUGUAAACACAUAGAGACAUGCAUUGUAAUGUGCAAAUCAUGUUAUUUUUCUGCAAUCCUCGCCCACCCUCUGCUUUGAAAUGUCAUUUACAGCGGUAAACACCAUCUGCAAUCCAUUAGCAGUGUCUUCGUAUGUGUAUCUGCAAGGCCCAAAGGUGUGAAUGACUUUGCAGGGGCUGUUAAACCACUGGUGGAGUGAUAUGCUGUCUUCAUGAAACACAUUUAUAUCCUCAAGAUAUCGCUGUGUAUGUAACUGUCCUUACAUGUGAGCAAACUUGCAGUUUACAGUGUGAGCACAUCUCAGUUCUCCUCUAGAUAAAACACACUCCUCUCCUUCAAUCACAAGAAAAGUGUAAAGUGAUGCUAUUGCAGACACUGAGAUUUAAUCUGUUCGAGCUUUAGUCUGCCUCUGUGUUGACCCGUCUCAAUGACCAACCCAUUACAUAGUAGUACUCAGUGCCUUCUGUAUGCCUUUUGAAAAGUUUCUAUCUUGUCCUGAAAGGCUAUGCCACUGAGAGCCCACAUGAUAAAGUUGGUGAACAGUAGGCCUGCACGAUAUAUCGUUUGAAUAUCGUCAUUGCGAUGUACGUAUGUAGUCACAUCGCAGAGCCUGCGAUAUUGGAGGUGAAUGAACUCGGUUAAUUUCAAGAGUAACUGACUGAGAUACACUGCAUGUGACUCUGCAUGUGCUGUGCAGCGAUCCACCAAUCACCUUAGUUCUUUACUCAGUUGCCAAUCAGACUCAGUUCUCAGUUGCCAAUCAGACUACCCUGCCAGCUGUCAAUCAAAAUCAGAUAGGAGGAAGCCCACCCCUGCACAUGUCCUGCACAUGGAGUGAGACGCGUGUCCGCUGAGAAUUACUUUCGGAACAUUCUUCAUCACUGUUUAGCCCAACAAAUAAGAACUGUAUGGGUUUUAAACUGUAUAUUUCCGUGGAUCACUCUACUAUAAGCGGUGCGCGUUUUGCGAGGUGCAUGCAAUUCUCGGAGGACAUGCGUUUCUCAGUACAACCCCGCUAACAACAACAACGAUCGCAAACUAAGCAACAAGCAGAGAAAACCACAGAAGAUUAAGACUUGUUGCCAAAAAGAAAAGGAAAGUCAAUUAUCUGGAAUUAUUUCGGUUACAAGAUGGAUAAUGUCGACCAAAACACGUUCUGUGUUCAUCUGUUUCCACAAUAACGUCCCAGAACAAUAAAAGCUAAAAAUAUCCCGAGACAGACAGAAGCCAUUCUAUUAACAUUCACAAAAAGAGGUAAGAUCAGUGUAGGUUAACUGUCAUCAAGAUUUCAGCAGUGCAGCAUAACAUUAAGUGCUAUUCAGUUCAUCUGGUGAAAAUUCCUCUAUAUUUUAAUAUCGCAAUAUAUAUCGCAGGGUUGAAAAAAAUCGCAAUAUUAAUUUUUUCCAAUAUCGUGCAGCCUUAGUGAACAGUAAUUUAUGUUAAAAAUGGUACACUUAUUUAGAAAUACUGAUGCUCAAGCGUCCACUAUCAAUCAUUUUGACCCAUUAUUAAGCCUGGCUGUUUUUCAUCAUAGUUUUCCAGGCUCUUUCCCACCUGCAGGCUGACUGGCCUGAGAGAGGCGUCCUCCACAACAUCGAGAACCUGCAAAAAAGACGCCAGAAGAGGAGGUAAAUCCAUAUUUUACAUACAAACAGGACAACUGUGACUCCUAUUGGUCUUGUACUUUAUAAUCUGAAGUUUAUUUUGUGUGUCUCAGAUUGGGUCUGCUAGGUCCAGGCUCCAGUGACACCCUGCUGGGUCCAAAAGAUGGGCAAAAGGCAGCCUCAACUUUACUGGAUGCCAAAGAACUUCUGAAACACUUCACAUGUGAUGGUCUGCCCACUGGAGAGCUCCAACCUCUGCCUAUAAAUAGAGGGUAGGUCCUGCCAUCUGGAUGUGGAUCUGUGCCAAGAGGCACCUUGACAUUAACUUGAGCAUGAUUGUCAGACCCUGGAAUAAAACCAACGGCCUUGACUCAAAAGUUAUACAAAGUGCACUCACAGUUGAACAGGGCUGUUUGAUGAGUUAACAUUUAAUACAGUGAUAAUUAGGAUUUGAUUAUGAUCAUUAGAGUGCUACAGAGAGCUUACAGCCUUUCCACAAAUAUCAUUGAGAGAAUUGAUCUCAGGCAGAAACACCAUCAAUUACUGCGAAUAAUUCAGUCAGGCGAACUGUGUACAUUUGCAGUGCAACACCUGUUUGUGAAUAAAUUAAUGGAUAGUUACAUUGAUUUUCUUUGGCUUAUCAUUUUCUUUUCCUUCCUGCCUCUCUCUCUCUCCCUUUACCUGACCCCCACUUUUCUAUCCCUUCAGUAUUAAUGUGUUCCAGCUGUCACCAGACCUUUCUCCAGGAAGAGUUAGCCAGAUGUCCUUUAACACAGCCGCAGCCUCACACUACCAUGGCAUAGAGUAAGUUUCUACUCCCUGAACAGACACUAGUCAGCUCAAGUAGCUUACAAACAGGUCAUGUGAGAUAUGAAAGUAUGUAAUUACUAGGGGUGGGAGAAACAAUCAAUUCAUAUAAGUAUCACAAUUUUUUGUUUUACAAUUUUUAAAUCGAUUUAUUUAUUUUUUUAAUUUAAGAAUAAACCUGUGAUGUGUAUUUUUGGGGGAAAUAUGGUUCCUGGAAUAGUCAGUCGACAAUCAUAGUCAUUAAAUUGUUUCACUGGUGUUAAAAAUGCAGACUAAAAAUCGAGAAAAUCAACAAUAUCGUAGAAUCACAAUUUAAAUCAAAACGGCAUCCAGAAGAUCGUAGAAAAAUCGAGUCGGGAGAAAAGCAUAUCAUCCGAGCCCGAGUAAUCACCCGUCUCUUUUCCUGCCUUGGGUUUUAAUUAUUAUAUUUAUUUGUUUAUUCAGGUUCUGUCUGGACAACCAGCACUCCCUGGACCGGGAUCAGGCUUUUGUAAAACUUCAGUCCCGUCUGAUUCGGUACGAGACCCAAACCACCUGCUCCAAAGAACCGUGUGCCCUCCCGUUCGCUCUCAGCCCCGCCCCUUCCCCUGCUGUGAUGUCAGAACCAGGAAGUGUACCUGAUGGAGAGACACUGCAGAACGCUGAUGUAGCACGACUUAAACGCAGGUCGUGGGACACAGAUGUUAUCGGAGGUUACCCUCGCAAGAGGUAUGGUGGUGUGCGUGUGUGUGUUGCUCUUUAGGAGUAAGAAACGGAUGAAUGGAGGAGUGGAUGACUGGCCGGAUCUGAAGGUUGUAGUCCCUGACAUGUUGUCCGUGUUGGUGUCUGUGUUUGUCCGAACGAUCCAGGCUGGUGAAGUCAGAGAGCAGCGACUCCCUCUGUUCUCAGAGCAGCGGCAGCAGUGGGACACACCCCACUGUAAGAUCUCUGCGGCAACAGUCGAGCAGAUCCCAAACCACCUCCUCAACCAUCAGUCCCUCCUCUUCUUCAACAACAAGACACACAUCCUCAGGUAAACCAGCAUCUGACCAAAAAGAUGAGAAAUUUGAGUGACUCUGCUCUUCAUGAAGUUAACCGUUUCCCACACAAUAUUGAUAAAAUCAUAAUUAAGCAGAAGAAAAUUCUGAAUUAUAUACUUAGAUUUUGUUGCUGUUUGGUAACCAUUUGCUAUAUACAGUGGUUACAAAAAUAUGCAUGGGAAAUAUGUCUGCUGGUCCUUUGUCCUUGCUUAAAAUGUACUUCCCCCUGUGUUCAUGCAUUAAACAUGAUCCAGUUUGUGUGCAUGGGGGGACUAUUAACACAGCUGAUGCAAAAAAUAGAGCCUAACCUGUUCUCGCCUGCAUCAGCGCUAUCAUUUAUGUGUUGAAAUGCUAUUAUAUAGGUACAUAUUAGAGGUAUGGUAUUAGAGGCUGACAAUUUCAUCUGAAAUGUGAUAUGAUAUAUGAUAUGUGAAAUGUGAUUAUUUCAUUAAGUCAUUUCUAGUCAAGCUCUUCAGUCAUCACCUACUGUCCCUUCACACUAUAGAGAGCUGAAACCGUCUCAUUUUAAUGUCCGCCUAUACUUUAUACCAUUAUAGAUGAGCGUACUGCAAUAACAUGGAUUUUUCAAAGGUGAUUUAUAAUAUUUUUGGUUUUCUUUCAGUUGCUUUUUAAAUAGAAAUGUUUACAUCAUUUAAAACGACAAAUAAUUGCAUUGUGACUAUUAUGACUCUAAACUAAAGAUGUGCUUCAUUAGUCCUUUUUUAUUUGCUAUGAGUUGAUAUUUCUCCUCCUUUUUUGAGCCCUGCAAGUCUUCUCGUCCUCAGAAUUAUGUUAGGAUCAUGUCUAUUUUAAGUUCCCAGCAGUGACGGUAAUUUCAACUCUCACCUAAAAAGCUGCAGGUCACCAGAAUUAUAGUCUUAAGAACUUCUCCCACAUCCAGCAGCCUUAAAAUGAGCACAAUGUGCUACAGAUUUCCUCUGCCAUUAAGCCUUAUUCUUCACAGGUUUGGUGACCUUUUCUUCUGCUGACAAACCUAAAGCUCCGCCACAGAAGACACAUCCUGCAAAAACAGAGGACAAAACUUCUAAAGAGUCUCGCUCCCAGAAACACAACAGGGUGAGUAUUUGUUCAUGUGUCUGUGCGUCUGUCUUGUAUUGAAAGACAUAAAAGCAUAAUUAUCCAACAUACAUUGGUAUGCUGACCUUGGACACUCCACAAGAGCUGCAGUUUGUGGAUCCUUUCACUCAGUCAUCUAGCCAUCACAAUUUAGCCCUUGUUGGAGUUGCUCAUCUCUUUACUUUCUGCCUCCAACACAUCAAUUUUUAAGGACUAAAUGUUCGGCAGGUAGCUGCUGAAAUUUCCCGCCUACUGCUAUACACUUCAUCUAUCAGUGGUCAUAAUGUUAUGGCUGAUUGAUGUGCAUUCCUCUUCAGUUGAGAGUUUCUCAGCAGCUCCAGCAACGAUUAGAGUUAGAUGUUUAGCAGGUGAUUAUAGAGAAUGUGUGGGCUGUAGUAUAAUGUGGCAGAAACCAGUUGAACAAAUUUAUGAUCAGAUCAGCAGCUGGCUUCCUCCACAGGCCCCCUCACACAUUCUCAUUUGUGUCAUUUUGGUACAGUUUCAGAAAAACAUAUGUGACCACAUGCAGAAGACACACAAGCACACUCCUGCAAAUAAUUUCUAGCAUCCGCUUCCUGCCCUUGACUUGUUCUGAUUUGUAAUUUGUAUGAAAACUAGCCUAUCAUCUCAGUCUACCCAACAUAGACGAGAACAGUUGGUCCUGUUCUGAAAUAAUGACAGCAGUUUAUUCAGGACAGAGAUUAAACGCUGCCUUUCUGCUCCUCGUGAGACCGAAUGGCACCAAUGAUUCCUCACAAUAAUUUAUGGUGUUUCCUCACAACAGUCGCUGUGACAAGAUUAAAGGCAGAUCUGUUCGUUCCAGGAAGGCGUUUUCCCACUCUCACUUAGAUAUUUCUAUGUUUGCAAGCUCACACUGUGAGCGUGAAGGCAGCCUGUACAAGGACGUUCCCAAAAGUCAAGACAUUUCAACAUCCCUUUCUUUUAAAGAGGGAGCUGUGCUAAAAUUAGUGUCUUUGAACCAGGUUAGUGUCAGGCAGUGUGGGAAUAAACACAACUAGAUUCCACGUUUUCACAAUUGUGCUGCUAUGAAAUUGUGUUUCUAUGUCUGUCUCCUGGGUCUUCAGAUGCUGCUGGAGGUUGUAGCCAAAACCCUCAAACACCACGGGAUCACUGGCGAGCACGAGUGCUUUGAGGCCUGCAGCAAAAGACUGUUUGAUAUCUCAAAAUUUUAUCUCAAGGUUGGUCUUUUUACUGCCCACACACAGUGAGCGCUGUCCUUUAUUUCGACUGUUUGUCUUCUUUACAUCCAGAGCUGGGACUGUAUUUCUAACCCUAUGUUGUGUUGUUAAAGAUCCUCGAAAAGAAAAACUUGAUCACAGAUGCACUUUGAAGACAUAAUUUGUCUUUUUUUGUUGUGCUGGCAGUGCCCACAUUUUCAUCUUUUUUUGUGCCAUCCUGUAAAUUGAGAUCAGGUGUGUUGUCUGAUUGGAUACAAACAAUCAGGGAAAACUGCCUCAUUUGCCAGCAGAAAGUGGAGAAGUGCUCUGAUCCUGUGCCUCAGUGAAACAAGAAUCAAACUUUCAAAUUCAAAAAUUGUCAUAUCCAUGUAAAACGGUCACAUACUGUCAUUACAAUAUUUGCACGUUAUUAUUGUUGUUAUUUUAUUUGAUCAUUAUCAAUACUUAAGGAGAAGCUAUUUUCUUAUUUGGUAGCAAACAGGCACCUCAGUUCUACACCUGACGUCAAUGCGCCUGAGAGGGUUUUUUUUUUUUCACCAGAGCCAGACAUUUCAAAAGUGUCAACUUUUAGUUGUUUUUAAGUGACUACUCCUGAAGAAUUGUAUUCCUGUGGUACAAAAGUGACCUGGUUAUUUCAAGUGUUUUUUUUUUUUGAGAGUGGAUAAAUUGUCGCACAAGUUUAUCUGCUGUGGUUUUGCAAGUAGAUAUUAAUAUGUGAGUGUAUCCAAUAGUCGUAGCUGUCCCAAAAGUGUCGUGGAAAAAUAUUCUGUAUUUUCUGCCUCAUCUGUGAGGAGACCUUCAAAGCUUAAUAAAUAAAGGAUGUAUAAUGCAUCACCCGAGAUUCUCAUCCUUGAAGUACACUAUUACUUAUCUGACAGGAGGGGUGAGCGAGGGAGCAUUUCACCUCAGAAUCUGAGAACUAGAUUUGUGGCAGUGGCAGCUAAUGAGUGCUUUUUACCGUUCGGUUGGAUUUUUGAUAAUUUAAACUUUAGAGUAUGAGUUUAAUUUCAGUAAUGCAGAAUUUUCCCUUUGCAAGUUUUUUUUUUUUUUUUUUAACCUUUUCUUAAAUGUUCAGCUGUGACAUGUUUCUGUAAAUGCCUCUCCUUGUGUCAGUAUAAGUGAUUCUACUCCUGCUGCUUGUUCCUAGGACCUGACGACAUCUCGGGGUUUGCAUGAGGAGAUGAAGAAGGCAGCAAACAGCAACGUUAAACAGGUAACACCACCAGACAUCUACAAGUUCUUAUUUAGCUGUGUUUUCUUUUUUUCUCCUCCCGGACCAUUUAACGUUAUUUCCUGUUUGCUGCAGGUCAUCGGUUGGGUGCUGGAGAAAACCUCAAAGAAGUAGAUAUUAUUCGAGAAAGGGUGGCUUAUUUAUUUAUUUUUUUUACUGUUUAAGUUUGUUUUGUUUAACUUUUUUACACUUUUUUGAGAGUUGUUUUCCAAGCCCACUCAUUUUAAUCUCUUCUUCAUUUGUGAUUACCCAAAUCUUUAAUUCAGCCUCACUGUGUCUUUCUUAAGGCAACCAAAUGUAAAGAUAAUUAUUUUUAAAUGAGUUGUGUUUAUGUUAGUGGUGUUUGUGUAAAUAUUUUCAAAAUGCAGUACACUGCUUUGUUUACAGCCCCUGAAGUGAUAUUUGCGUUUUUGAAUCUUUUCCUUCUAAUUGUUUUGUUCCUAAAUACAAUCAUAAUUUUAAAGCUUUAUAAUUGUACAUAUUUUAUCUCUAUGUUUCAUAUGGUGUUGUUUAUAACACAAUAAAGUGUUUUUUGAACCUUA